CAGUAUUGCAUCACAGUACCAGCGAUCAGCUGUGACCCAGCUGACCGAGAUAAACACAGUACUAUUCCACUGCAAUGCAUAUAUGAACGCAUUCUCGUUCAUACAAGUAUCACCCGUACACUAACGCACGGGCAAGCCGGCGGGCAAGGUUCGGGGGAGGUGACAAUUGCUGGCCGGUUGGAGGCGGCGGCUAGUGUCAAAAGUCGAUUUGAUAUCUGAUAAGAUGUACUUUGACCAAAAGCAAAUAUUGUUAUCAUUUUGACAGAGAUAGAAUCGUUAGUCGCGACAAGUUUGUCAUUCCAUGAAGAAAGGAAGCAACGUGGAGUGCGUCAUAAGAAAAAAAGACAUUCUUCCUUAUUCUUCCGUAUACCAGCCUCCUUCCCGGCCUUUACAAGCCCAGCGGACGGCACAUGACUUAUUUGAAACUUCCAUUUCUCUUCCAAACUUUUAUUAAUUUUUGAAGGAGUUCAAACCUUAUAUUGCUGUCACCAAGAACAGCACCAAAAUAAGUGAAACAACUACAUGUGACUAUUCAGACUGCAUUGCAAGGAUAAUGUACGCUGGACAUCUCACAAGCUUCCAAAGGUUAUUUCAACAACUGGACCACCAAGGAUCUGACGGUCUGGCAGUAUCGAACAGAGGUCGAAGUGUAUUCAUCCUCAUUGUCAUACUUCGAACUUGUGUCAUCGAGUUGUGCACAGAAUCAUUUCAUGACCUUACAACUUUGAGUUGUUUCUACUCGACCGAAGUCCGCACAAAAUAUCAAAGGAGGUGAUUAAGGACUCCGAAAGUGUGUACGGGUCAUCGUCGACCUCGAACACGAUCUGAUCUUAUUUUGAGCUCGAUUAAGGUGACAAUGACGAGGCGUAGCGUCCCGACGUCGGUGCCCGAGGGCGGCUGGGGUUGGAUCGUUUGCCUGGCCUCUUGCUGGACGAAUGGAGUCGUGUUCGGCGUCAUCAACUCUUUCGGUGUCCUCUACGUGGUCAUGCUCGAGCUCGAAGGGGCCGAUGCUUUCAAGACAUCAUGGAUCGGUGCGGUCUGCGCAGGACUCACAUUCUUCAUGUCCCCUUUCGCCAGUAUCAUCACGGACAAACUCGGUUGCCGACCCGCGGCUGUCAUAGGUAGCGCCCUUGCUCUUGCUGGUGUCCUAGCCAGUUCGUUCGCAACCAAAAUAGAACACAUGUACAUUACGUAUGGAUUUGCUAUGGGUCUAGGCUUUGCCAUCGCCUAUCAACCCUCCCUUUACAUCCUUGGGAUAUACUUUCAGAAGCGCCUAGGUGUCGCAAACGGUCUGGUCACCUUCGGCAGUGCCAUCUUCACCAUUGUCUUACCCAUUGCCAUGAGGGAGAUCCUCAACAACCAUGGACUUGGACCUUGCCUUUGGUUCCAGAGCUCCAUCAUCUUCGUCAUGCUUGUUGGCAGUCUGACCUUUCGACCUCGACCGGAAGCGGUUGAGGUCCUGGACCUGAAGGAGGACUAUACUUCCGUCCAGAGGACAGAUGAUGAUAGUGACCUUCAGGAAAAUAUAGGAUGCUGUAGGAGGCUGUGCAGGAGAUUGAAAUGUAGCAAGUGUUCUUGUAGCAGUAUAAUUGAUGUCAGUAUAUGGAAGGAGAGGAACUACAGGAUAUGGGCCAUAGGGGUCCCGCUAGGACUCUUUGGAUAUUUCGUGCCUUUCUUUCAUUUGGUGAAACAUGUCAAUGACACACUUCCUGAAGCAAGAGCGGAGGUUCUUAUCAUGUGCCUUGGUGCUACAUCGGGACUCGGUCGACUUGUCUCAGGAUUCUUAAGUGACCAUCCAAAGAUCAACCCCGUCUAUAUCCAACAGAUCGCCUUCCUUGUCAUCGGCGUCUCGACAACGCUGAUGCCCGUCAUUCGAAACUUCAUUGGUCUUUGCAUUCUCAUCCUCAUUAUGGGAGUUUUCGAUGGUGCGUUCGUCUCGAUGAUGGGUCCCAUUGCCUUCAAUCUGGUGGGGCCGCAGAGGGCGUCCCAGGCAAUCGGAAGUGUCCUGGGUCUCAUGUCCAUUCCGAUGAUGAUUGGUCCUCCGGUAGCAGGUUUGAUUUACGACAUGACCGGUACUUACACAAUCGCCUUCAUCUGCUCAGGUGUACCUCCCAUCGUCACCGCCUGCAUCCUCUUUCUCCUUCGACCCGACUCGAACGAAAAGGACGUCGACGGCGAGAAGAUCGACGCUGCCACAGAGAAAGAGCGAGAGGCAAUGAUGCCCCAGGGGGCAACGUCGGCGAUGGCGACCAAGGAGAUGGAAGCAAUGAUGGGCAAUGACUCCAGGGAUGAGAUGGCUGGGAUAGGUAGGCUUCGAGGAGGGAGCACAGAUGAUGCAGGCUUCGAUGACAGACGUGGUUUAGAGGAUGACCGCGGAAGGAGGAGGAGUUAUAGGAGAGAUAUUCUGUCACCAAGCGACACUCGCAUCAUCAUGGAAAAACAUGAUUCGCAUAGCAAUGGUAAUCAUCAUCCAAACGGCGUCCGUAGCAACGGAGAAAUCUACAGAUACGCUGGGGUCUUUACAGAGGGGUUCGGCAGCAAAGGCGUUCUAGCCAAUGCGUAUGGGCUGGAAGAGGAGGGGAGUAGAUCGCCGUAUGCGCAGCGGAAUCGAAACCAAAGCAAUCACCAUGGAAACCAGAAUGGGCGUGUCCACAAGGGUAACAAAUUCGAGAUGAAUGGGAUCGUUCACAGAAUAGACUCUCACACAGAUGAACUUGGGACUAUGAUCAACAUCAUGGACAGGGAAACAACUGUAUAAAUUUUUGAAAUCAAGGCACUGGUCCUUGCUCCUCACUGCCUCAAGUUGUCAUUGACUGACUGUUGCUAUAGUAACAGGUCAAUGACGGUUCUUUUCAGUAGUCAGAAUCGAGGAUUUCAUUGAAACCUUCAGGGAGUAACGACUUGUUAUAGUGGUGACAUUACUCAUGAAAGGUGAUCUUAUGAAGAUCUUAUUCGCUUCGUUUUCCAUACAGCUUUAUCAUUUUGCCAAAAGUUGUACGUGUAUUUAUGAACAUAGUCACAGAAACUGAGAACUGAGAGAUUUGUAUAUAAGAUAAUAUAUGCAUGUGAAUCGUGAUUAAAAUGUAUAUAUGUAAUCAUGGAGUAUUUUAAUUAGAUUACGACGAUGUGUAUAUUAAAGGGAAUUUAAUUGUAAAUAUAUGCAAGAUGCCUUAGAUUGAUACGAAUACCUCCACCGCGCUUCUGUGGAAAAUGAUGCAAAAAAGGGACUAAGUGUGUGAAAUCGUGAAGCGUCAUCAUUACGUUAGAAGUACCACCGAAUAAAGCAAGCUUGAUCAUUUGCUGCCUCGCAUCUUCAUGGUAUACCGAAGGUUUAGAUGUUAUACAUGGCUUUUGUAGGAACAUCUGGGAUGGAGUAGCGGAAUGACGGGCCGUUCAUACCACAAGCCGUCAUUCACUCGAGUGAGCGAAUUAUUUGCACGUAUUUUACCAUCACUCACUCGGGAGAAUGAUUGAUGAGUUUUAUCCAAUCAGAGAACUAGAAUCGUUAUCGAGACCCCCUCACUGAAGUGGUUGUACAUUCACUCGAGUGGUUGUACAUUCACUCCAAUUGUUGUACAUCCACUCAAUUAGAUUUAAAUCCACUUGAAUGGAUGUAAAACCACUUCAGUAAGGGGAAUCUCUAUAACGAUUCUAGCUCUCUGAUCGGAUGAAACUCUUCAAUCAUUCACUCUCCCGAGUGAGUGAUGGUAAAAAACGUACAAAUCAUUCAUUCACCAAGCAUGCUCUAGGGAGUGAAUGAAUGACGGCUUAUGACAUGAACGGCCCGUCAUAGAAUGACGCUGUUUUCCGGGGGGGGGGGUGUAUCAUACUGAUGAACAAGAAAGGACUCGAUACCCUAGAGGGGCCAAAGUUUCAUUUCAGCAUUACUUGCUCCCCAUAGUAUAUUCGAAAUUAUUGAAUUCCCCCAAUAUGCAGUAUACCACGUAAAUGAGUUAGUUAUAAAAUAACGUCAAGGAGGCGCGUAUUCUAAAAUGCCCCGUGUUUCCUUUCCCUUAUUUAUCAUAUCAAAAUGUACACAAGGUGUAUGUGGGAUAUCAAAUGUGUUUUUGAAAAAUCCUUUACUUGGAAUUUAUAUGACUCCGGUAUUUAUUUAUCUUUACUGCAUAUGUGACAGUGUUCAAAGAAGAUAAAGAGACAAAAAUUAAUGUAGGAUUUAAACGACUUUUAUCAUAAUAUGUACAUGUAGUGUCCAUAAUGAGCUAUUUGCCAUUUCAAUACAAGCGGGAUAUUUUUUAAAGUAUAUCUUACGUCGAAAUGAAUCAACAAUAAUUAUUGCUCGUCCCAGCGAACAUCUGACGAUCUGAUGCUUCUUAGCAACCACUCUGCAAGCUGCUUGUGACUGACCAUAGGUCUAAAAGAGAUGCUGCCUUUGGGUUAGAAUUCAAUUACUUUGUGAUAAGUUGUCUAUAUUACAUUAUAGCUGCUUUCUUCCAUGAGCGGAAGUCGUAUUACAUUUCUUCUAACACGUAUAUCUAUUAUGAUGUGCCUUAAGUUACAGUGAAAUCAUACUGAUCUUCCAUUUUGUAUUUAGCUAGAGAUGCUUUUUAAAUACAUUUCAUAUGCAAUGUGCAAUAAA